AUGAAGCGUACUCGAGACGAGGAUGAAGAAGCAGCCGACGAGAUCAAGCGAAGGAAGCGAUCCGACUCCAACACCUCAGUGCAGUUUGAGCUUAGUGAAGAAGAUAAGCUGCUCCUUCAACUCAAGGAGGAAGAGUCAAUGCCCUGGAAAGAUAUUGCAGCUCGUUUCCAGUCGGACUUGGGCAAGACAUACCAGAUCCCAGCUCUACAAAUGCGUCUCAAGCGCUUACGUGAACGGAUGCGUGUGUGGACCGAGACAGAUCUGAGAGCCUUACGACUAGCACACGAGUUUUGGGCACAAAACAAGUUCGAAAUCAUCGCGCAAAAGCAUGCUAACACAACCCAGAUGCUUGAGUUUGGCGCACAAGAAAAAUGGACAGGCCGCCAGUGCGCACGUAAAUGGGCUGAGAUGGACCCGGCGCCCACACCGUACACACAUUUCGAGCAGCAUCUCCAGCCUUCCUUUGCCCCAUACACCAUGAGUCCAGUCGAGCCGCCUCAGCUCUUUCCACCAUACAUGAACGUCCAAUGA